AACACUGGAUUGGGUUACAACCAUUCGUCCGUUCUUCAAAUAGCAGCACCGGAGCUCGUCGACAGCCGCUUCAGUCCCGAGAACUGAAACUGAAAUUUAACACCGCCCGUUUCAUUAGACAACUCAGCCGGUAAAACGUGGUGCUCAUCCCGACUAGCGUGUGUGUGGAAGGCGGAGAAGAGGAUUUCUAGCAUGUUCUAGGUGGACGGACUGGUUAUCUAGUAUAGUUCACUAGCUGGUUGUUAAAUACAGUAACUGCUAAGUUUACACAGGCGAUCACCAAAGCUCUUCCUUCAGCCUUUACUUUCCGGGUUUUUCCAACAACACGAUUAUAUAGGUGUUAUCAUGCCUCAGAAGCGGCGCUCGCAGUCGUGGACGGAGCUCAAACAAGCUGGUAACGAGUACUUCAAAGCGGGUCAGUAUGGAGAAGCGGUGACCCUCUACAGCCAGGCCAUCCAGCAGCUAGAGAAAUCUGGUCAAAAGAAAAAUGAAGAUCUGGGUAUUUUGUACUCAAACAGGGCCGCCAGUUACCUGAAAGAUGGAAACUGCAAUGAAUGCAUUAAAGACUGCACAGCGUCGCUUGACUUGGUUCCAUUUGGAUUUAAAGCUCUGCUUCGCCGUGCAAAAGCUUUUGAAGCUUUGGAGAGAUACAGACAAGCGUAUGUGGACUACAAAACCGUUUUACAGAUAGACUGGAACAUACCAGCUGCUCACGAUGGAGUCAACAGAAUGACCAAGGCUUUGACAGAAAUGGAUGGACCAUCUUGGCGAGAGAAACUGCCCCCAAUUCCUACCGUUCCAAUGUCCGUAAAGGAAAAGUUAGGACAAGCCACCAGUCCAGCCUCCAGCUCACAACAGAACAACGUGAUCGACAACAAGAAAAAAGCACCAGGACCAGACGCUGUUAAAAAGGGCAGAACUCUAAAGGAAGAAGGCAACGCACAUGUGAAGAAGGGGGAACACAAGAACGCCAUGGAGAAGUACACACAGUCACUUGCUCAAGACCCCACAGAAGUCACAACCUACACAAACAGGGCUCUCUGCUACCUAGCCUUAAAGAUGUACAAAGAUGCGAUUAGUGACUGCGAUGAGGCUCUUCGAUUGGAUUCUGCCAACAUUAAAGCCCUUUACAGACGUGCCCAGGCAUACAAGGAACUAAAAAACAAGAAGUCUUGUAUUGAAGAUCUCAAUAGCGUACUCAAAAUAGAUCCAAACAACACAGCAGUGCAGAAACUCCUGCAGGAAGUACAGAAGAUGAAAUGACUGCGCGUGUGAUGUGGAUACGAGGAAACUUUCCCCCCCAAGUGCCUCGUUCGUUGAUUUGCCUUUCAGAGCUGCAACAUUU